GGCCGGGUGACAAUUCGACGCUUUGGGCCUUUGGAAGACCGUGGUGAUGACUGGAAUGACCACGACGACAGUGUUGGUGUAUACGGCAGUGGUGGCGCGGAGACCGAGAACGAAGACGCUGAUAACUUCGAUGAGGAUUGCGAUCGUGCACGUGAAUAUGAGGAAGAAUUAGCUAGCGAACUUGCCUCUGCGGGUAGCUUGACACCUAUCAAUCAGGCAUUCCUCAGCAACUAUCUUCGUCGCAACUUUCACGUCACAUCCGCUUUCUACGAGGUAGCUCAUCCAAACACUCCCGAAGAGACUCGUCCAACUACGCCCGUGCAUAUCGCAGCGCAAGCCCUGCCUUGUCAACAGGAUAUCGCUGAAGCUUCGCAGCACAUCAGUUAG